AAUUUUCUACUCCGACACCUGCAGCAUUAAAGGCGUCCUGGCUCCUUCUCCCCUGGGCUACCAGGACUCACUCUUUCACCAGGGCAGGAUGCCAGCUCAGGCUCCAGCUUUCCACAGCCAGGCUGUCUUUAGGAGCCACCGCGUCCCCGGAGGCAAAAAGGCCCACGACUGUCACUUCCUCCCCAAGCGAGUCUGCAGAGGACCCGGCACAGCCUUCCAAAACCAAAGCAGCCUUCUCCUUAUCCACAGUGCAAUCAGCUGGACCAGAAAACAGCUCCGCACAUCCGGCUGUUGGAGCCUGUCUGGGCUGGACACAGCUCUGGUCUUCCUCAUGAACAGGUCUCCCCAUGGUUCUUCCUCUCCCUGGCCUGGGUGGGGCUCCAGUGACAGGGGGGAUGUUUUGGUCAAAGGGCACUAAGCAUCGUUUAUUAUCCCAGGAUUCCCCUGGGCACUUACUGUGUCUGUCUUCCAUUGCUACCAGACGCAGAGAUGAGGGAAACAGACUCAAACAGCGCAUGGUCUGGGGAGAGCAGGGAGGAAGUCUGAACGAAUCACAGGGUCUAAAGCCUGGUUAAAGCGGCCCAGAGCAACCAGAGAGUAAAACUGAGUGUCUUGAGCAGGCACCAGGUGAGACCUGGGAGCUUCUAAGGAGAGCUCAUGGCUCCUAAUGCUUUCUCUGUGCCAGACAUAAUGCCAAGGGCUUGGCAUGCUUGGCAUUUAGUCCUUAAGCAAACCCACAUGGCAGGUGUGAUUGCUGUUCCCAGAUUGCACAGAGUCUGAGGCUUAGAGGAGUUAAGCCAGGCUGAUAAAUAAGUCUCAGGCUCAGAGCUAGGGGCUGAGUUUCAGGGCACGAGCAGCUGAGAUGCCAACUCA